UUGUGACCGUUGAUGGGAUACUCCUUACCAAAUCUGGCACAAUGACUGGUGGUACCAGUGGCGGAAUGGAAGCAAGGUCAAAACAAUGGGAUGAUAAAAAAAUCGAAGGACUGAAGAAAAAGAAAGAACAGUAUGAGUCAGAGAUGGAAGAGCUUGGGUCAAUUAGAGAGAUGCAGCUAAAAGAGUCUGAAGCAUCUGGGAGAAUUAGUGGACUUGAAAAGAAGAUCCAAUAUGCGGAGAUUGAGAAGAAAAGCAUCGAGGACAAACUUACGAACUUGAAGAAGGAAAAACAAAAUAUUAAAGAAGAAAUUGAUCGUAUUACUCCUGAUCUUCUGAAG